UGUAUUUCAAAUUGUGGAACUUAUAUUUAAAUGGGUUUCAAUUUGAAAUGAGAUGUUUGAUACUUAUUUUUGGCCAGUGAAGGGGAUGCAUCUGGUGAGGGAACUAGAGCAAGAUUUGAAGGUUGCGAAUGUCAUUUGCAUGAAUGGGAGAAGGCAUCUAACAUCUUCAAUGCACGAAGUAUCAAGAGACCUUGUUGUCACUUCAUAUGCCAAAAAGAAACAAGCUCUUCUGGACAUGCUUCCAAUUCUAACCGAACUUCGUCAUGCAAUUGACAUGCAAGUGGCCCUUGAAGUUCAUGUUGAGGAAGGAAAUUUCUUCAAGGCAUUUCAAGUCCUCUCGGAGUAUUUGCAGAUUUUGGAGAGUUUUUCAGAGCUUUCAGCCAUACAAGAGAUGAGCCGCGGUGUUGAGGCUUGGCUAGCAAAGACACUUCAAAAGCUAGAUUCUCUCCUAUUAGGAGUCUGCCAAGAGUUCAAAGAGGAGAGCUACAUAACUGUAGUUGAUGCUUAUGCAUUAAUAGGAGACAUAACUGGUCUUGCGGAAAAGAUUCAGAGCUUCUUUAUGCAGGAGGUUCUCUCAGAAACUCAUUCCGUACUGAAAAGUAUUGUGCAAGAGGAUCAGGGCUUACAUAUUGUGGAAAAAAAUAGACUCACAUACAGCGAUCUAUGCCUUCAGAUACCUGAAUCAAGAUUUCGACAAUGUUUAUUAGGAACAUUGGGUGUGCUAUUUAAAUUAAUGUGUUCAUAUUAUUCAAUCAUGAGCUUUCAACCUGACAAAAUGGAUUCAGAAUGCCGGACAAAACACGUGAAGCAGAACCCUAAUGACAUCUCUGCAUGUUCUGAAGAUGUUCAUUUGCCAAAGAAUUUGAGUAAUUCCCAAACAGAAAAUGGCUCUCUUUCUGAUUCUUUGGAUAGAGUGCCAAUUGAUUCCUUGCCAAUGGAAUCUAGAACAAGCACCAUAGUUGUGGAUGAUAUUACAGGAACCACUGGGUCCCUCUCCUUAAAUGCUCAUGAAGCAACUUAUGAGGGAAGGGAUGAUGGUGAUCCGACAUCAAGCAGUGCUUCUUGGGAUGAUCUGAGGAAAGAUGCUAUAGCAUAUGUUGCGCAGACAUUACAGAGAGGUCGAAAGAACCUUUGGUAUCUUACCACAAGUCGUGUGUCAGUAUUACUUACGUCUUCUGCUGUUUGUUCAACAAGCAUGCACCAAUUCUUGAGAAAUUACGAAGAUUUGAAUGUCUUCAUCUUAGCUGGGGAAGCUUUUUGUGGAAUUGAAGCAGUUGAAUUCAGGCAGAGGUUGAAGACUGUUUGUGAAAAUUACUUCUCAGCCUUUCAUCGGCAGAAUAUACAUGCACUGAAAAUGGUCCUGGAGAAGGAGACUUGGCAGAAAAUGCCACCAGACACCAUUCAAGGAAUUAGUUUGGCAGGACUUGUUGGUGAUGGAGCGGCUUUAAUUGCUCCAUCUGAUGGGAAUCCUGCCAAGUUCCGGGCACUUCAUUCCAAGAAAUCUUCAGUGCCAAUUGACUCUGGCAACCAGAAAAAUGGAUUUUUUCAAUGGCUUAGAGCUGGAAAUCCAUUUCUAUUAAAGCUGACAUCUGGCUCGAUGGAAUCUCUGAGCUCCUCCCUACUGCUUAAUGGAGCAACAGUCUCUGGGGCAGCUGAUGAGAGGCCUUUUGAAAUCUCACACCAUGAUAAGUUCUCUCCAAGGAACAGUGACGCAAAUCAUGUGAAUGGCAAUAGUUCUGUUCCCGAGGAUGAAAAUGAGGAUCUCUUAGCAGAUUUUAUUGAUGAGGAUAGUCAGCUCCCAAGUCGGAUAUCUAAACCCAAGCUUUCAAGAAAUCAUUCUUCACAUUGGAAUGAUGACGAGACGACAGCACAAACAGGGUCCUCGCUUUGUCUCCUAAGGUUGAUGGACAAAUAUGCAAGGCUUAUGCAAAAAUUAGAAAUAGUCAAUGUUGAGUUCUUUAAGGGAAUCUGCCAAUUGUUUGAAGUCUUUUUCCACUUCAUAUUUGAAACAUUCAGUCAGCGAGACAUUUAUCCUAGUGGAAAAGGUUUAACAGAAUCUCUUUCCUACCGGCUCAAGACUGCAUUAUCUAGAGUUACACAAGAUUGUGAUCAGUGGAUUAAACCACAGAUAGUAUCAUUUUCUUCCUCUUCUCCAACUUCCUUGAACACAUCAUUCCCACAAAUGGACGUCACUCCUACAAGUCCUCCAAGUCAUGUGCCAAGUACUUCAUUUGGGCUCAAGGAAAGAUGUGCAGCUGCUGAGACAGUUUCUCUUGUUGCUCGAAUAAUGCAUCGAUCUAAGCCUCAUCUCCAGUCAAUGCUUUUGCAAAAUAACGCAGCUAUAGUUGAAGAUUUCUAUGUCAAUAUGGUGGAUUCUGUGCCAGAUCUUGCAGAGUACAUCCAUAGGACAACUGCUAGGUUGCUUCUUCAUAUUAACGGGUAUGUUGAUCGGAUUGCUAAUGCUAAAUGGGAACUAAAAGAUCUUGGGCUAGAGCACAAUGGGUAUGUUGAUUUGAUGCUGGGAGAAUUUAAGCAUUAUAAAACAAGGCUUACUCAUGGGGGAAUUCACAAAGAGGUUCAGGACCUUCUCUUAGAAUAUGGACUUGAAAGUGUUGCUGAAACACUUAUCGAAGGCCUAUCACGAGUGAAGAGAUGUACUGAUGAAGGAAGAGCUUUGAUGUCACUAGACCUGCAGGUCUUGAUCAAUGGACUACAACAUUUUGUCUCUGUUAAUGUGAGGCCGAAGUUACAAAUUGUUGAAACUUUUAUCAAGGCCUACUACCUUCCUGAAACUGAAUUUGUGCACUGGGCUCGUGCUCAUCCAGAAUAUAGUAAAAAUCAAAUCUCAGGGUUGGUCAAUCUUGUUGCCACGAUGAAAAGUUGGAAAAGGAAGACGAGGUUGGAGGUACUUGAAAAGAUAGAAUCAGGCAAUAUGUAAACUUCAGCUAUACUCACUUAUGGCCCUAGCUUAUGAAAUUUCAUGCUAUUUUCCCCAUCCCUCCCAACCCAACCUCCCAAACCAAAUGCGGGUGAUGUAAAUUGGAUCAUUCACUCUGAUUAUAUAAUAUGAAUAUGCAAAGGUUGUACAUUUCUCCUGUGUCAUAUAGUUUGUAUUAUUUGUUUUUUCCAUGAAAAAGAAACAUCAUCAGCUGUAAAUUUGAGGAACGAACAUAGAAACGUCCAGAAUAUGAUUCAUUAGUAAUGGUGUUGCCCUUGGGUUGUAUGACCGAUGUACUCUUUUUUUUUGGACAUUGGUUAAAGAUAACUGUAUUAUUCAUUA